CUCCUCCACAUCCCCCAUCUCUCUCUCUCUCUCUCUCUCUCUCUCUCUCUCUCACUCAGUGUUUUCAGCUUUAUCUGCUUCUCACUUUCUCACUCACAGUCGAUUCUGAAGCACUUGGACUCUGAGGACUUAGCAGGCUGCUCUUUCACCUUCUUCCCUUCUCCUGAAAGAAGCGCUCGCAUUAACCUGCUCUUCACGAGAACCCAGUGGGUCCAAUCCAGAACAAAUGGCACUCGAGGCUGAGGACUAACUGACAGAGACGAAGAGAAGAAGAGAGGGAGCGACAGAAAGAGGGAUUCCCCUGCGUGUGGAGGAGACACGAGAGAGGCUGUCAUCUUAGUCCACAGUCUGCAUUCAGUCUGAGGAAGAUCAGUUCUUAGUCUUUACCAUCACCACUGCUCGCUGUGGGGCUUGUGGUUCCUGAUCUGCUCAGCUAAUUAUAUUGGAUUGACAGGGAAAUCAGGCUGGUAACUUGGAAACAGGCAUGUUGGAAACAGUCAAGACAGGUGGCCUGUCAGAUUGCUGCAGCCAUGACAACAUCAUCUGGACACAACACAUAAUGUCUGAGCUCAACUGAAGCUGUCCAUCCUCCUCCGGCCAUCCUCUCAUGGGGGAGGACAAAAAGAUGAGUGUCACUAGAUGUGGGUCCUUCAACCUUUUGGCCAUCAUCUUGCUCUUGUUUUUCUCCGCAGCUCUCUCAGCUCAUUUUCGGGUGUGUGAACCCUACACUGAUCACAAGGGACGGUAUCAUUUUGGAUUCCACUGUCCUCGUCUGUCAGACAACAAAACAUACAUGUUCUGCUGUCACCACAACAACACUGCCUUCAAGUACUGCUGCAAUGACACUGAGUUUCAAACCAUCAUGCAGGUCAACCUCACAACUGCUCUGGAUGGGUUUUCACACAAUAACUACACAGCACUGGUUGGAGUGUGGAUCUAUGGCUUUUUUGUCAUGGUACUGCUGGCAUUGGACUUCCUCUACUACUCAGCUCUAAACUACGAGGUGUUCAGGGUGUACCUGGAGAAGUGGGGCCUUGGGGGGCGCUGGCUGAAGCAAGCUCGCAGUCAGUGGCAAAGGCCUGAGCAGGAGGAGAGUCAGGGGCAGCUUCCACAACCUGGAGCUCCAUCAGGAUUAUCACACUACCAACAACCACACUAUCACUCCCAGCCCAGACACAGCCUGAAGCCUGAGGCCCAGAGUCCGACACACACUGCACACAACACAUCAAUCCCCUGAGACGGCAGAUGAUGGGAGAACAUCUGAGAAGAACUUUGUGAAAAUUUGUGCCUCAGUCCUUGGAGAGUAACCCUGUGGUUUGUGAAUGCUGGUUCAGACAUGCCUCCCUAUCCAGCUGUCUCUCUUCAAGCACAACCAUCUCUAAUCAUCUGUACUUCUAUAUGGAUUUCCUAUCAGAAUCACCCACUAAAGAAACACUGUCAAAAUAGUUUUUUCACAGAACCAGGCAAUUAGACAUAAUGAUGUAAACUACAUCAAAAGCUGGAGUGUAGGAAAAGAGAUCAUGAUGACGAUGACGAUGACGAUGAUGAUGAUGAUGACGAUGACGAUGACGAUGACGAUGAUCAUAUAAGACUAAAUUUCAGCCGGAUCUAAGAAACUAUUUUAAAGCCUGUCCAGGAUAUUAAACAUCAAUUCGUCCUUAAUGACUAACACAUUAUGCCUCAUAAGGGCAGGAGUGUUCAUAAACACCUUUCUAUUUAAUUUAACAGUAUUUAUAUUGUUCACACAAUGUUUUACGAUCUUCUCCUGACUAAUAAUUGUGUGUUAUUUGUUUUUACAUUAUUUAUGUCUUUUAUUUAGAUGAUGUUUUGAGGAAAGCUUUAUUCGGAGCCACUGAGAGAAUAGCGUUGCAGCAAAAACAGCUUCCUAAACACUGCACAUGUACAUGUUGUACUUUAGAUUAUGUUCUUGUUUGGUAGAUCAGUAUUGAUGCUGCAGUGAUUUCUGGUAAUGUUUUUUACUAUUUGCAUUCUGCCCCCUUGUAAUUUUUACAAAAAUAUAAAAUAUAUACCCAAUGAUAUCUCAAAUACACUAUGAAAAUUCAGACUUUUUAAAUGAAUAUUUAAUUAUAAUGCAACCAGCUGAAAUGUGAAAGAUUUUAAAUCCAUGGAUGGUAAAAGGUUUUUCUCAUCCUUCCAUAACCUUGUGAUCAUAGACAUUGGAGUCAUGUCAGUUGUGUCAAUUUUGUUGACUUUAAAUGGUAGAGUAUCUGAUAGAGGUCUUUUAAAGGCAUGUAGUGCUUUUCUAGUUAUAAAUCUGGGGUUUUUACAUUUCUCUUGUGAUUUAAGACUAGGAAAUUUCUUAAUAUGUCAAAAAAGCAGCUUUCAUUUACAAUCCAUGUUUUAUCAGUGAAUAUUCAGUUAUUCUACUUUAGACUGCCGGAUAGAAGUGACUUUUAAAUGCCUUUCCUGAACUAAAUAUACAAUGUAUUAAUUGUAUAAACAUAUAAAAUAGAUCUCGUUAAUGAGCAAAGCAGCAUGGUUGCAGAUUUUAAAGCCUGCAAACGGCAACAUUUACAUUUUCGCUGAUGUUGCUGGAGCUGGAGCUGAUAAUGAUCGUGAACACAGUAUCCACUGCAGCAUUAUGAAAAACCAAAUAACAAGUCUCAUGAGAAAUGUGUAGCUGAUUAGGUAAUGAUUGUAACCCUGCAACCUAUAAUAAUGGUAAAUAAGCAUCAGAUAUGACCAAAAUACCCAGAAUCCAAUUACUUGAUUUCGAAAAGUGGAACAGUAUCAUCUCAUGCUACACUUUGACAUUCAUUGAAUUGAUUAGCUGGCUGGAAAUGCAGGAGGGAGAUGGACACGAAAUGAACAAUGGCAGAUAACAGCGAAAAGGUAGAGAAUUUCCAGCACAUCUGCAACAGGACGGUAAUUUAAUUGGAGAUGGGAGAUAAUUCGUAAUUCUGUGUGGUCUAUAACACACACACACACACACACACACACACUGCUGGGCCAAUUCAAUCUACAAACUUCAUUUAUUGUUUGGAUUUCUACACACAUCUGGUUAAGAGAAGUACUGUAUACUAGAUUUAAAUAAAAAGUCAGUAGGCAAAUAUGAAUAAAUUACAGUCCAUAGUUUACAACAAAGAGGAAAGAUUUUUUUUGUUGUUGUUGUUUUGUUUGUUUGUUUGUUUUUUGUUUGUUUUUCAAGACAACUCGUCUUGGCAACAGUUGCCUUAGUAACUUGUACACAGCUGCAGUGUAGCUACUGGUACCUUAAAGCAGGUUGUAUGGUGAUGUACGGUAACCACACACACACCCACUCACAAACAUGCAGGCAAACAAGCCACACGUGUCCGAGCCUGUGUUUUGCUAUUAGAUAGACUGUACAGUCUUUAUUUCAAUUGUACUUUGCAGUUGUACUGUAACUUUGUACCGUAAGAAAUGGGGAAAAAAUAAAGAUCGA